AUGGAGACCAGCCUGCUGGCCACCCCCCACCUGCCUGGGGGGUCGUUCCCCUCCAUGUCCCACUGCCGGGGUGGGGGUGGGUGGGGCGGUGCAGUGUGCGAGCCCGAUGACUUCCUGCCCUCACCCAGCGCUCACCACAGCUUCCUGCCGCAGGCAGGGGCCGACAAGGCGUGGAGGAGCGAGGUGCAGAUGGAGGCAGUGGUGGUGGCCUCUGCCGGGCUGGGGCUCCUGCUGCCCUUCUUGGCCGUGCUGCUGCUGGCCCUGUGUCUGCGCUGCCGAGAGCUGCCAGCCUCUUAUGACAGUGCCUCCUCAGAUGGUUUAUACCCAGGUAACCUACAGAUCAAGCGGCCCUACACCAUUGCCCACUGGCCACCGGACCCCAUCCACACAACCUCGUACCCUAUGACCCAGCCAGAUGUGCCCCCCAUCCCGACUUCCCCACGACCCCCUGUGAGCUGCCACCAGAUGCUAUCUUCCCGGCAGGACUCGGAGAGUGCCAUCAGCGUGGCCAGCUACGAGAACGAGGAGCCAGCCUGUGAGGACACGGAUGAGGACGAGGAGGAGGACGAGGAAGACUACCCCAACAGUGAAGGCUACUUGGAGGUGCUCCCCGACAGCGCCCCGCCCACUGCCGAGGCGCCCCGCAGCCUCCGGGAGAGUGCUUGUUCCAGUGAGUGGGUCCCCCUGACCAAUACGCCAUCUCCUGCACCCCGGCCCCUGCGUCCUGCUGCACGCAUUUCUCGGCCGAGUUCUUCCUCUGGCUCCUCAGGCGUCGUGCUGGCUGAUCCGAUCAUCUUUCCCUUCCUGCCCUCUUCUCCUCGGUGGCCUUCCCAUUGUCCUUGGGGGGGGCAGGGUGACGGAGGUGAUUCUUUUCUUCUUCCACUCCAUCCCCCACGUCUUGUUUCGGGUUGGAGGUGGUCAGCCCACACGGGGACGGCCCUCUUCCUCCCUGUUUUCCAUUUCCGUCCAUCCAUCCGUCCUAUCCCUGUCUGCCAUCUAGGCUUCCCCCCUAGGCGUUCGGCUGUUUCUUUUAAGGAGCGCCUCCCAUCCUAGUGUUUCUGUUCACUUGCUGGGCCAGGCUGCCGUUUGGCUGAAAAGUGGAGGCCCAGGCUGAGUUCAGCCCCAGACUGGGAGGAGGAUCCAGGCCAGGCCUGGGGCAGUCACAGUCACCGGGUCCUGGUGUGAGCUCCAUCUUUCCAGAACUGUCCAUCUCCAUCCUCUCAGAGUGCUUGGUUGUAGUAGCCGGGCACCACGUAGGCCUGGGGUAUGCAGGCUGAGGUUUGCAUGUGUCCAUGAGUCCCUGUGUCCAUUAGUCCCUGUGUG